GGCCCUCGCCCCAACACAACAGUCUGUAAAUGAGGGAGCUGGAUGGGUUUAUGAUUUCCCUCCUCGCUGAUAAGCCAGCAAAGUGGCAUUUUAUCAUCGUUUGUCUUCGGCCUCGCAACCAGGGUUUCUUUUUCCAACAGUUCACGCUUGUUUGGAUGACUGGAUGCAUCGUCGCAGGAAAUAUACGUCACCGGACGCGACUUUCGUUUACGAUAGAGGCGGGUUAGAAGAACCUUCUGGAAGAGUCGCUGUGAGCGGAGGUUGUGAGGUAACAUCAUUGUCUUCAUAUAAGUUUCUCAACGCAAACAUGGUCAAAGAAACAGGUUUUUACGACACUUUGGGUGUGCCACCCAGCGCAACUCCAGAUGAGCUGAAAAAGGCCUAUCGCAAACUGGCUUUGAAAUAUCACCCCGAUAAAAAUCCCACCGAAGGAGAAAAGUUCAAGCAGAUCUCACAGGCCUAUGAGAUUUUGUCAGAUCCAAAGAAGAGAGAGAUUUAUGACCGGGGAGGUGAAAAGGCUAUAAAAGAAGGAGGAACUGGCGGUGGAGGUGGUGGGGGCUUUGCAUCGCCCAUGGAUAUCUUUGAUUUGUUUUUUGGUGGAGGCAGUCGGAUGCACAGAGAACGAAAAGGGAAGAAUAUUGUUCAUCAGAUUACAGUGACGCUAGAAGAGCUUUAUAAUGGAGCAACAAGAAAACUUGCUGUCCAAAAGAAUACCAUUUGUGACAGAUGUGAAGGUCGUGGAGGUCGUAAAGGAGCGGUACAGGUGUGCAUGUCUUGUCAUGGUACAGGGAUGCAAGUCCGUGUACAUCAGUUACUUCCGGGUAUGGUACAGCAGAUGUCCACAGUGUGCCACGGCUGCCAAGGACAAGGAAAAAGAAUCAGCCAAAAGGACCGCUGCAAAGCAUGCGGAGGCCGGAAGAUCCUACGACAGAAGAAGAUCUUGGAGGUCCACAUUGACAAAGGAAUGAGAGAUGGCCAGAAAAUUGUUUUACAUGGAGAGGGAGACCAGGAGCCGGGACUCGAGCCAGGCGACAUCAUCAUUGUAUUAGAUCAGCGAGACCAUGGACAAUUUACCAGGAAAGGAGAGGACCUCAUCAUGUCCAUGGAGUUGCAGCUGGUUGAGGCUUUAUGUGGUUUCAAGAAGCCCAUUCAGACACUGGACAGCAGAACUCUCCUCAUCACAUCACAUCCAGGGGAGUUGAUCAGGCCUGGAGACACUAAGUGUGUCCUGAAUGAAGGGAUGCCCACGUAUCGCAGGCCGUUUGAGAAGGGGCGUCUCAUUAUUCACUUCUCGGUGGUGUUCCCAAAAGCUAAUUUCCUCCCCGAACAUAAGCUGAAGGAGCUGGAGCGCUAUCUCCCAGAAAAGAUGGAUGCAGAGCAGCCAGACAGUAUGGACGAUGACCUCUACAUCUAUGCUGACCUGGAGGACUGUGACUUUGAGAACAGGAGAAGAUACAGAAAUGAGUGCUACUACAUGGACGAAGAUGACUACGCCACCGCUGGUGGUGUUCAGUGCCAGACGUCUUAAGCAACAGCUGGCCUUUGUCUAUUCCAGAAGCUCAGAUCCUCAUCUCCAAUGCAAAGCACCUUUGUGUUUUUUUUUUUAAUCUGUGCACUUCUAACUUUAUUUUCCAAUUAGUCUCUUUAGCUUGUUUGAAGUUGAUUCAUAAAACUGUUUCCCAGUGCCCUGUGAAUGUUAAAAUUGCAGGACUUGAACUUAGACGCAGUUCAAUGAAAUUCCUCGUCAUCUGGGACCUUUUUUUUUUUUUUUUUUCUCUCAUUCACACUGUGAUUAAAGACGAGGGGCUGGUAUAACAGAGGAUUCAGGGAAAAGAAGAACAGUGAUCGCCUGCUUUUUGUGCAGUUACACUAAAACUGAUGCCAAUAUGUAGAGAGAGACAGUUGUUAAAUCAGGCAUUGAAAACCACUUUUUGAAGACUCAUCCAUUUUUGAUGUCUGUAGCUCUUUCAGACAUGAAACUUGUAACAGGGCUGAAUCUGUCUGAAUCAGUCUGUUAAAGUAACAGCAUUGUGUCUUUCAGACAAUGUUCCUUAUGCCUUCAUUCAGACAUCCCCGUGACUGUGACAGAGAGCGCCACGGUAUGUGCACGAUAUCAGCUUUAUUUGUAAAAGUCUUUGUUUUUACAGGGGCGGCGUGCAUUGUCAGUAUUGACCCUAGCAAAGUUGAAUUCUCUCUCUGAAUUUAAUUUUCUCUCUGAGCAGUUUAGCAACUGAGCUGGUGUUUUGUGUUCUAUAGUGAGCUGAUCGGCCCACAGAGCUACAACAGAGACAUGCACGCUCGUAAUAGUGUGGGUGUCUCUCUGUUGUGACUGCAUGCAGUCAGCCAAAUGCACAUAUUUCCUGACCUAGUGAGUUUGCUGCUGUAACUUUAACUCUUUACCCCUUAAAGCCUACUAGGAGUAACCCUUGAAGUUCUUUUGUGAAGAGUGGUCACAUUUCAGGCCUGGUUACAGUACAGAAUCACAGCAACACUUCAGAAAAACAGGAAACUAUUUAAAUCCUUGUAAAACCACGUCUUAAUUUAUAUACAGUGAGAUGUCAAAACUCGUUUUUAAGGGAACAGGUGAGGUCAUCAGAUUUCGUCUUUAUGGGGGAAAGAGUUCAUGAAAAAGCGAUCGGAGUGCUGAUUUAUACAGCUCAGGCAUGCGUGUGUGAAAGGGGCUCACGAGGACCAGGUGGUGGUGGAGGAGCUUGGAAACUUGAUUUAAAAUAUUAAAGCUGUUGUACCCUUUGAAGGGCUAUUUUUUCAGACUUUCUAUGAAAAAACGUGACAGGAGAAGUUUGAAAUGAGUGUAAUCAUGAUUAAGACAGGGAAACGUGAAGUUCAAGCCACUUAAUUUUCAACUAAUGUUUGAGUUUAGCGUUUUUUGUUUUGUUUUUUCUGAGCUGCAGUCAGUUGUCUGUGACGAUGCCGCGCACGUCUAGUAUAGUGUAAGUGUGAGCGUGUGUGCAAAGGUAUGUGCAAUCACCUUAUAUUUUGAGAGGCUAUUUAUAAUUCUUGUUAUACUCAUUUACAUUUCAUAAUUCUUUUUCUUUAACUAGAAUAGGUUUACAUGCUAAUAAUAAAAACAAAACAUAUUCUUCCCCGCCCCGCUCCACAUUGCCGCAACGCCACAGUUCACCCUCUUCCUGAAAUGCUCAUCCUGAAUGGUCCAGCCUGCUCUGAUUGGGUCAGAAAAAGCUGUCUGUGGAUUAAGUCUUAAGUUUCUCAGGAGCUGGGA